AUGGAUUUUGAAACCUCUCCUACUCCUGACAGCUAUUACUACGACCAGGCGGAGCCCUGUCAAAAAACCGACGUGAGGCAAAUCGCAGCCCGCAUCCUGCCCCCGCUCUACUCGCUGGUCUUCAUAUUUGGCUUCGUGGGCAACUUGCUGGUCGUCCUCACCCUGAUAAACUGCAAGAAGCUGAAGAGCAUGACCGACAUCUACCUGCUCAACCUGGCCGUCUCGGACCUCCUCUUCCUCCUCACCCUCCCGUUCUGGGCCCACUAUGCCACAGACGGCUGGGUCUUCGGGGAAGCGGCCUGCAGACUCUUCACCGGGCUGUACCACACUGGUUACUUCGGUGGCAUCUUCUUCAUCAUCCUCCUGACGGUUGACAGGUACCUGGCGAUCGUCCAUGCUGUGUUUGCCUUAAAAGCCAGGACGGUCACCUUCGGGGUAGUGACCAGCGUGGUCACCUGGGUGGUGGCUGUGUUUGCCUCUCUCCCAAGUAUCAUCUUUACCAGAUCCCAGAAAGAAGUUUCUCGAUUGACAUGCAGCCCUCAUUUUCAAUCUAGUCAACACCAUUUCUGGAAGAACUUCCUGGCCUUAAAGAUCACCAUACUGGGCCUGGUCCUGCCGCUGCUGGUCAUGGUCGUCUGCUACUCGGGAAUCCUCAAAACCCUGCUCCGCUGUCGAAACGAGAAGAAGAAGCUCAAGGCCGUGAGGCUCAUCUUCACCAUCAUGAUCAUCUACUUCCUGUUCUGGACUCCCUACACCGUCGUCCUGGUCCUCACCACCUUCCCGGGCCCCUUUGGCCUGGACAACUGCGAGAGCUCCAACAGGCUGGACCAAGCCAUGCAGGUGACGGAGACUCUGGGCAUGACGCAUUGCUGCAUCAACCCCAUCAUCUACGCCUUCGUGGGGGAGAAGUUCAGGAGGUACAUGGCCUUGUUCUUCCGAAGGCACAUCGCCAAAUACCUCUGCAAGCAGUGUGGGCUCUUCCAGCGGGAGACCCCGGAGCGAGGGAGCUCCGUUUACACUCGAUCCACCGGGGAUCAGGACCUCUCGGCGGGCUUGUGA